AUGGUGGAGGAGAGCCGAAGCCAGGAAUCUUCGGCCGAGCGUACCACCGCCGCUUUAUCACCAAUCGACUCAACAGGUCCAAACCAGGAGUCUGGACAUGAAUGGAAUGGCACACACGCUCAUGACUGGUUCGAGCGACGUCCAUCUGGCAAAUCUUCUCGGCCCAGAUCACCUUUGGUGCUUCGUCGCACGCAGACUCCUGGACGUCGAUGGUGGAAGUUCGGACUCCGUCCAUGGGAAGACGACGCAGAGCAGAGCUGGUGGUUCGCCAGUACUGCAAUCCCCCUCCUCGCGGCGACGAUCGGACCUUUGGCCAACGUCCUGUCGAUAGCUGCUCUGGUGACUCCAUGGAGGAUGUGUCUUGUGCCUGGCGUUGGGAGCCAUGCCGAAGCCGAACAAUGCGUCUUCAGAGGUCCUGACCGGCCGUUGAACCCGGACUUGAAUGGCGUCUAUUACUCAGAUCCACGCUGGUGUUACUAUCUGAACGUCGCCUCGCUUGUAGUGGGCUUCGUCGGCAACAUCUUUCUGCUAUGCAACUUCACCCAGCGCAUCCGCUACAUCAUCGCGCUGCCGGUCACCAUCGCUAGUUGGUACAUCGCCACCGGCAUCCUCAUUGGUAUUACUGCAUCGAUGGAACUUCACGUAUCACCAGUCCGGCCGCAGCAGACCUACUCGCAAGGCUUCUGGUAUGCUGUCAUCGCCGCCUGUAUGUACUUGGUAUGCUCGAUGCUGCUCAUGGUCAACAUGCUCGGAUACUUCCUGGGUCAUUAUCCGCAGCAUUUUCAACUGAGUGACUCACAACGGACGUUGAUCCUGCAGACCAUGCUCUUCUUCCUUUGGCUGGCAGGUGGCGGAGCCAUAUUUUCAUACGUGGAAACGACAUAUGGGGACGGAACUUUCAACUGGUCCUACGUCAACGCUCUGUACUUCUGUGAUGUUACUAUCCUCACAGUGGGCUUCGGCGAUCUUUACGCCACGUCCGAUAUUGCUCGUGGGCUUCUCUUCCCAUACUCCGUUGGCGGAAUCAUCAUGCUUGGUCUUAUGGUGUCCAGCAUAUCGAAAUUCGCUACGGAGAUCGGCUCAGAGAACAUUGUUCAGCGGCAUGUCGAACACAGCAGAGUCAGGACAAUCGGGCGGACUGUAACCACGUCGCUGGAGAUGGAACGAAGACAGACGGUUACAGACGACGGCAGGCCUACGAUAUCAGCGCCGAUAAGUCCAGCCGAUCAAGCCAGAUCGCGAACGAUACGGAUUGCUGAGAAUGACGAAGGGCCAGAUGAUAUCCCUCGACGAGCCAAGACUCUGAAGCGGGUCGCAAGCCUUGUUUCCAGGUCAUCACGACAGCGCAAGCCGAAGCUCAUCCUGCUACGAGAAGAGAAGGACCGCUUUGAUGCUAUGCGGAAAAUCCAGCACGAUACCAGCAAGUUCAAGCGCUGGUACGCUCUGUUCUUAUCAGUCACGGCAUUUGCAAUCCUUUGGUGCGGCGGUGCUGUUGUUUUCUGGCGCGCAGAACAUGCUGGGCAGGGGCUGAGCUAUUUCCAAGCGCUCUACUUCUGUUAUGUCUCUCUCUUGACAAUUGGCUAUGGCGACCUUGCUCCCCAGAGUAACCCAGGUCGCCCAUUCUUCGUCUUCUGGAGUUUGAUCGCUAUCCCGACGAUGACUAUCCUGGUCUCGGACUUGGGCGAAACUGUGAUUAAUAAGUUCAAGCACGGUACUUUUGCGCUUGCCGAUUUCACAGUUCUGCCUCAGAAAGGCGUUUGGAGAGCCAUCCUGGACAAGCAUCCGUGGAUGUUGGAUUGGUUGCAGCAACGGAAGGAGAAGAAGCAAGCCAAACGCCGGCUUGAAGAAGAUUUCAGGACGGGACCGGAGCCAGAUACAGGGCCUUCUGCGCCUACCAUCGAACAGCUGGCCAAAGACGAGCCUUCCAACGACGAACUCGCUCGCAGGCUAGCGAAAUACAUCCGCCAGACUGCCAAUGAUCUGAAAGAUGGCCGUCACAAGCGGUACACUUACGAAGAGUGGGUGGAGUUUACUCAGCUCAUCAAGUUCACUGCUUCUAAGGACGGCACUGAGAAUGAAGAUGAGGACGACGAGCUUAUUGAUUGGGAUUGGAUUGGUGAGGACAGUCCUAUGAUGGCGAGGAAGAGCGAACCGGAGUUUGUGCUUGAUCGACUUUGCGAAAGCAUGCAGCGGUACAUCAGGCAGAUGGCGACUCCUGCUGGUGAGCCGGAAUUGAAGCAGCCGCCUGCUCAGAUUCAGCGAAGUAUGGACGAACCCGCACCAAGUUGA